CAGAGAUAAGCGCACACUAUACAUAUCUCGGACAUCUAUGCAGAAAAGGGCCAGCGAGCGUCGACUUUCCUCUUCCCUCCCCCAGCGUUAACCUUUUAGCCUUCCCAUCCAAACUGUUGAAUGCAGCAACGAGUCUGAUUUGAAAGGAGGAUUUGUCAUGCAAGAGGGGUUUUCUGCAUGUCAGGGUUUGCAGGAGCAACUAAUGACCCAAAGCUAGCCCUGUCUACUCGGAAGUAAUUCCGUGGGGCUCACUCUCAGGCAGAACAAAGCUCUGUCACAACUGUGCUUCCUGGCUGUCGCCUCCGCCUGUAAGCAGCUGAACAGUUCGCCUCCUUGAUAUCAUCAUGCAGAAAAGGAUGAGCGAGACGCAAUGAGAGAUUCAGUGUUGACUUGAGCACUCUCUGGCUCCCCUGGGUCAUGGGGUAAUUUUUCUCUGCGCAGUCUCCUGCAGAGCUAGAAGGAUGAAGGAUAUUGACGGACUCCCAGUCAGAUGCUUCGCUACGGAUUCCUUGCUUCCUUUUGCCUGGUGGUAGAAUACAAGCUAGUCACCGUGGGAGGCCAGGAACUGCUCCAGGCAUUAGAUUUGAGACCGGACUGCCGAACAACGUGAUAUCUCACUGCUUUCUCCAACCGGACCACGAUGGAGACUCUGUCCCAGGACAUUCUGCUGGAAUGUCAGAUUUGUUUCAAUUACUACAGCCCCCGGCGGAGGCCCAAGUUGCUGGACUGCAAGCAUACCUGCUGCUCUGUUUGCCUUCAGCAGAUGAGGACCAGCCAGAAAGACUUGCGGUGCCCCUGGUGCCGAGGCAUCACUAAACUGCCGCCGGGCUUUUCCGUCUCCCAGCUGCCCGACGACCCAGAGGUCAUUGCCGUGAUUGCGAUACCCCACACUUCAGAGCACACUCCCGUCUUCAUCAAACUUCCCAGCAAUGGCUGCUACAUGCUGCCCUUGCCCAUCUCCAAGGAGAGGUCCCUCUUGCCAGGAGACAUUGGCUGCCGCCUGCUGCCAGGCAGCCAGCAGAAGUCUCUCACUGUGGUGACAAUCCCAGCCGAGCAGCAGCCCUUGCAGUCCGGCAUCCCUCAGGAGGGAGGCGACGAAGAUCAAGACAGGAGGGGCAUUGCGAAAAGCUCCACCUGGUCGGGGGUUUGCACCGUCAUCCUGGUGGCCUGCGUCCUGGUUUUCCUCCUUGGGAUUGUCCUACACAACAUGUCGUGCAUUUCCAAGCGUUUCACUGUGAUCUCCUGCGGCUGAAAGGAAGCGGCAAAUACCCAUGCGGGCCAAUUUUGGGGGUUUGGGAGGGUGGUUAUGGUGGUGGCAGGAUGCCGUGAGAUGAAGCGCCUCGUUCCACCGUACUGAGUCAUUGACACCAGGCUGGUUGCUGGUCCAGAGUCUACUUUAAAAGAAAAAAUAAAGGACAGUGGCACCUGUUGUUGGUAGAGUAUGGGAAACGUCCAAUGCUUAUCCGCUGCUAACAGUACCAAGGAAGACUGCAUGCAUCACCAUAAUCACUUAACAAAUGAGCUGUAAUUUAUAAUGAUUUCAUCAUGUUACGAGAUUAAAGAUGUCUAUUUAGCUGGUUCUACUAUACUGAUAUAGGACAUAAUCUCUCCCUUUCUCUCUUUAACAGAGUAGUCAACUUACAAAUCAAAAUGCUGUACGUUCAAGUAGAAUUAAACAUUGGCAUUCGGAAAGGCAAGCUACCCAGUGCUUUUCCAGACGUAGCGAAAACAGUAACUCUUCUCUCUUUAAGCGGCAACGGAGAAACUUGUGAAAAGUAAAAAAAAAAAGUCAUUUAGUCAACAAGGCUUCUUUUUGUAUCUUUUAAAUUGCACAUUAAUUGCAACGGUUUUAAAAAAUCUGUACCAUAGUUAUAGAAAGAGAACAUUUUUCUAAAGCGUUGGAAGUAUUUUGGAUGUAAUCUAUAUCUGUGUGUUUAUGCGCAUUCUGUUUUUCUUCUGUAGUUUUAAGUGAUUUCCUCCCCCCCCCCCUCGUUUAAAUUGAAAUGGGACACAAAAAGAAAGAAGCAAUAAAGGGAACCAGGAAGGAUAUACAGCUGUCCAGCCAAACUGUUUGUCUGUAUGCUGCCUUCUGCAAAACGCUACUUUAAAAAUGUAAAUCUUGGGCAUAUGGUUUCAUGCGCACACAGUAAAUAUAUUUGUCAAGAA